ACAGAUUAAACAUACCACAACCGUCGAGAAUGGAGCAAUAGAUGCACAUUCCUGAGGGGAGAGGAGCUCAGAUACUCUGAGCUGAUGAAAGGAGAAGGGGGUUUGUUGUUAAGUAAUAACGGACGGUUGGUGCAAGUGAGUAAUUUUGGAAUGUCACCUCAAAAAGACUGGGAAGAUUGUUCAGUAUGAAGAUAUUCUGAAAACUGAAACUGUGCUUACCUUCAUCAGAGCUCUGUCUCAACAGCAACAAUAAGUAAGGAUUAUCAGCAGAAAGAGGAAUGCUGCUGUUCACAGUUUGGGACACACUCUUCAUUACAUCUGGGCUUAUGCAAGUGUUUUAAAGAAAGUUUAGGAGGAGAAGACCAGAUCGUAACAGAAACUAAAGCAAUGUUUUUAUGUUAAUCCUGAAACCAUGACGCAGACAAUUUACUGUGUUUUAUUACAUGUUAUCAAAACAGCAGCUGGAUCUUCAAUUUGGACCUGUUUUUGCUUCAAUGUCCCUGUUCAAGACCUACUUGACCUUCCUGCCUUCAUUAACUUUGUUUGUGUGUGCUCCAGAGUGCGUGCAGGCAACCUUUCACUGAACGUGAUUUGUUCAUACAUUGGCAGCCACUAAUCAGGAGACUAAUUCCAUUGACUGGAAUGAAAAGUAACAGCUUUGUCUUCUCCUGGAAUUCAGACCUCAGAGAUUAAGCCCCGCAAAUUCAAUAUUCUAAUUGAGUUUAAGUUAGGAAAUUGUAAACUGCUUGCAUCUUAUCAGUAGUUAAGUGGUUAACUAUGAGGACAACAAAGCCAAGUUAAGGGCCAAUCUUUUUCCAAGUACUUCAAGUACCAAAUUGGAAUUAACUGGAAACUGGAACAUUAACUGGAAGUUUCUGAACUGUGCAUCUGACAGAGAAACCGACAGUCCUGACUCACAAGUGAAAAUUAAAGUAGAAGCACGUCUAAGGAGUCUCGUCUCUUUGUUGAGCGUGGAGCUGCACUGAAAGCCCAUGUCUGGCUUUGCUUCAUUCUGAAGACAUGCCAGAAAAUAAACACUCUUCUGUCGUCAGAAACAGCGGCUCUCUCUCCAACACAGCCUACCGGAGGAUUAAGAGGUGCCUGAGCUUUAAGAGACGUGUGUUUGGGCAGAAGCUGGAGGAUACAGUUCAGUAUGAGCGACGGUAUGGAGAGCAGCUGGCGCCCCUGAUCGUGGAGCAGUGUGCUAAAUUCAUCCGGAGCCGAGGGCUGCUGGAGGUGGGGCUCUUCCGGCUGCCAGGGCAGGCCACCCUCGUCAAGGAGCUGCGUGAAGCCUUCGACGCGGGGGAGAAACCCUCCUUUGACAGCAGCACCGAUGUGCACACUGUGGCUUCUCUUCUGAAGCUCUACCUGCGAGAGCUGCCGGAGCCACUCGUUCCCUUCUCCAAAUACGAGGACUUCCUGCUGUGUGCCAAGCUGCUGGCUGGGGGAAAGGAGCAGGGGCUGGUGGAACUCAAGACACUCCUGCAGCAGCUUCCGAAUGCAAACUUCUGCCUCCUACAUUAUAUCUGCAGGUUGUUAGAUGAAGUUCAGUUCUACUCCCACAUAAACAAAAUGAGUGCCACAAACCUGGCUACAGUUUUCGGACCAAACAUUCUGCGCCCCAAGGCAGAGGACCCUAAAACAAUGAUUGGAGGGACGGCUCUGGUGCAACAGCUGAUGUCAGUGCUCAUCAGUGAACACAGAACGCUGUUUAUCAGAGAGAGCAGCAGAGCUGCCCCUAAUGCUGACAGCAGCCCAGCGGGACAGGGGUGCGCUGCCAGGAUCCAAAAGGAAGACCCGACAGCACCACCCCGCGUCCUCGACGGCUCCCAAGGCUGUGAGAUUGACAGAAUCUGGGCCCAGCAACUUUCAUUGCCUUUCACAGCCAGGAAGGGAUCGUCCAGGAAUUUAAAACAGGAGAACCGGCCAGCCAGAUCACAAUCCCACAUACCUUCUACACGCCACAGAUGCCAAUCAAAGAUGGAAAAUAGGUCAAGUGAAGACCCCUCCCCUGGUGGUGUCAGUGAUCAUUUGUAUGACAGUUACUGCCCAGGGUUGGCAUGUACGGUUGGCCAGUUCUUGGAAACUGAAACAGGGAUUGAAACAGGAGCUUCUUCCAUUCCUGCUACAACAAGCUGUACCACAGCUGCCAAGGAUGGGCCUAUUCCAACGAUCACACAAAGCAGCUGGGUUGAGGACUGCCAUGAAGACACUGACAGUUCAGCAGAGCGGAGGCUGAGCGAUCCCUACGAAAGCACGUUUUCUGUAUACGACAAUAUUGACAGUGCACUGUUACCAACUCCUCUCUCCCCACCACCACCAAUAUCUAACCUGGAGGAUGUGACCAGUGUGGGCUCCUGGUCCAGCUCCUCCUGCGAGAUCCUCCUGGAGGAGACUUCAGAGGCUUCCCGCUGUUCUUCUUCCAGGACUGCGGGAGGGGGUUCCAUGGAGCUCAAUCUCUCCUCCUCCCUAUCACUCCGACCCUCCUCAGCACUCACUGACAAUCUGGGGGCAGGAGUUGUGAGCAGUGAAGUAUUUUUGGCCACACAGGACAACAACCCUGGCAACUCGCCGGCCACGCGCUGCCUGCUAGCUGGCCUCAAGCAGCAAAUGGCCAGACAGAAGGCUGAGUAUGAAGCUAAAAUCAAAAGUGUGGAACAGCGCAACGAGGAGCUGGAGCUGGAGGUGAAGAACCUGCAUUUGAACCUGGAGCAGCAGAGGAAGUGGUACAACAUUGUGGAGAUUAAAAUGAGGAACGCGGAGCGGGCGAAAGCAGACGCUGAGAAACGCAAUGCCAUGCUGCAGCGAGAGAUGGAGGAAUUCUUCGACACUUUUGGGGAUCUCACCAGUGAAGUGAAGAAGACUGAGAGAAUUGUUCAAAGCUUUUGAAAACAAACAGACAGCCCUUCACAGUCCCCAAAGAGUUUUUUUUAAAUGAUUUUAUACUUGAUCUCAGCCCAUAAUCUUUGCUAACCUGUAGCCCGAGACCUCAUCACCAUAACACCCAGGCUACAAAAGAAGAGCUAAUGAAAUACAGAACUGCUUUAUGGGACUGCUUUCUCCAUGCAGAAAGGCACAACACCUAGAAUGCCUAUAUAAGCAGAAAUAAAAUGCACAUGGCAAUUUACCUCACAGCUGAGUGCUUGAUGACAUGUAAUCACUAAAACCUAAGGUGACUGCAAUGGAAAGGGUUCUGGUUAAAUAUUUUACAUAUUAAUAACAAAAAUAUAUAGAAUUAGAAUCUGGUUUGCUCUGGCUCAUUACUUCCAAAAACUGUGUGUAAUCUCUGGUAUUCCCAUAGCGUUGGAUACUUUACAUAUAAUUCAAAAAUGCUUGUGUAUAUAACCAAAAGUGUAGAGUACAAAUCCAAGGAGGUUAUGACGAGGUUGUAUACUCAUGCACUGACGAGACUGCAGUUCUGUUCACCACAGUGCCAAAGGGACAUUGUGGCCCUGGAGAGUCUCACGAAGAGCAACCAGACACAUCCCAGGGCUGAUAGGAAUGUGCUGUGAAUACAGGCUAUACAGUACGCCCUCGCUAUAAUGAACCUAGUCCCUGGUUUUGGUUUAAGAAUACUCUGUCCCUUCAGUAGUAAGGGUACAUUGUGUUGGUCCCUUUACUGCUCUUAAUAUUGAAUUUAUAUUGUAGUUACUGCCACUAGAAAUAUAAAGAGGAGCUCACACAGCUAACUUCUAGUGGCAUUUAUCUGUCAGUGAAGCAGUGCUUAUUGACUAACAAAACUGGAUAUCCAAGCUUUGCGGGUGACUUUUCCAACAACUUUCCUUAGAUUUCCAACAGCAAUCUCCCACUCCCCCUCUCACUUAUAACUAGACACGCUAAUGAACAUUAUCAAAAUCAAAUGAGCAAAUUAUAGGUUUAACAUAAUUGAUCUAAUUAUUUUUUUACAGUUGAUGAUUUAUAAAAACGCAUUUGGCUCAAGGCACACUACCUAUGAAACAUUUUGAGACCUGGAGAAAAGUGUUAUAUUUGUUACGUAAUUGAGAGCUCGGGUGGAACGAAAGCUAGAAGACACUGCGGCCCUCCAGGAACAGAGUUUGACACCUCUGACCUAGAGUGAUUUGAUUUAAGCUUUUAAAAUCUAAGUCAACAAAGUUAGCGUAGCAGAGACCAGGACCGGCGGAAACAGUGAGUGGAGACAGACUCAGGACAGUGGGUAAGAAGCACUGUUGUGCGGUUAUGGAAUGUGUUACCAAGCUGCAUUGUUGCUACUGUGUCAUUAGGUGCGUUUACACUGGCACAAAUAUUCCGGAUCGAGAGGAUAAGAGGACGGAUCCCGGUAACUUUUUGCCAGUGUAAAUGCUACUGAGCACAUUCCGGAAUCAGUCCUCUUCUCAAAUGCUGAGUUCAUAUUCUGGACUGAGAGGACAAGAGGACGGAUUCCGGUCACUUUUUUCAGUAUAAACGUGCUAAGGACGUAUUCUGGAAAGAUUGCAGAAAAUACCCAGCGGGCACUGCACGCUAACCAGCAACGUCAUCAUAAAGCAAUUUCUGACAUGACAAUUUCUGACGUUUUUACGAUAGUUAAUCAGUAAGUAAUGCUAUUAAAUAUUCUCUGACACACAUCCCAUAACCAGUAAAAUAAGAUUAAUUAUCGCUCACCUUUCCAAAUUUCUUUCAACAGUCUUCAAGGUCCACUGCUUGCACUGGAGAUAUUUUCAAAUGAUGGCGCUCAUUUAUGUCGUCACUACAGCAGGGCGUCACCACCUUUUUUUUUCUUUCCCCCUCAAAGUACGCAUGCUCAGAGUCUGCUCCUGUGAGAAAUACCCCAUGCUGUUUCAAGCAAGUGUAAACGCACCGUUCCGGUACAGACUGUCCCAGAAUCUUAUCAGAAAGAUUCCAGAAUGCUAGUGUUAACGCACCAUUCCGAUAGACUGUCCCAGAAUCUUAUUGGAAAGAUUCCGGAAUGCUGGUGUAAACGCACCGUUCCGGUACAUACUGUCCCAGAAUCUUAUCGGAAAGAUUCCGGAAUGCUAGUGUAAACGCACCUAUUGGGAUCCUUUAGGAACUAACUACUAGACUAAGUUGUGAAAUCCAUCAGCUACUGUGAUAGAAACCAGACAAUCAUUGAUGUGCCAAAUGGCCUCCUCUUUCUUCUAUCUUUCUAAUUUUUCUUAUGAACAAUUUCCAAACCCAAAAAACCUCUUCUCUAAUAUAUUUAAAGCUAUUUUAUUUUCCACCAAUCUCAGAUUUUUACUUUGAAAGUAAAAUGUUACAAAUGGUUGUAUCUGAUUUUAAGAUUCUGGAAUGUUUUUUUCAAAUCUGUAAGACUUUUGAGUACUUCAGGUCAGUAGACUAUUAUUCCCUGUUCCCACCUGGCAGUUGAAAGCAUUUUGAAAUCAGCCCUGUUGCUUUCCAUAGGCAGCUGAGCCGGUCUGGGACAGACAGGUAGGCAGGAACUGGUCACCAAUAAUACUACUAUCAGGAAAUACUAGUGGCAGGUGAAAGAAUGUAUAUAAAUGAUACAUGUAGGCAGAGUUUGACCUUUUGAAUAUCAGCCUUUUUUGGCAAAGACCAAACAAAGACUGUUAAAGGUUUUGUGGUUGCUAAAGUUUAUUCACAUCACUGAAAGCAGUAACAUAAAACACAGUAUAGGCUCUACUGCACCUGCUUUACAAACAGCAUCACACAGGAGGAGAGGCAGGCUACACAAAGCAUCAGGGCCUAAAGGUGUGAAAAUGAAAAUACUGUAUUAGAGGAAACCCUUUACAGCUGCAGCCCACAUCCGUGUUCAGAUUUAGAAAACACCUCAUACAUUCCUUCUGUGCACUCUAAGAACGUAGACCUUUGCAUGUCCAGUUUGUUUACAUACCCCAAUCGUUUUAUUUGUUGGGGGGGACAAGAUUCCAACACCUUAAAAUCUGCUUGCCACUACAGCACUCAUAAGUCUCAUAAGAUAAUUCAACUUUAGUUUAUACAUGAAACAGAAAUUUAAAAAUGCUGCAGUUCCCAAGAGCUCAUAAGGUACUACCCUUCUUGCAACAUAAAAGAAUAAAUACAUGCAUGCAGUUAAUAAUGUCAGAUGACUUUGUAGAAUUGUGUAAUGUUUGAGCUUGGGUGUAUAUGGGUCAGUUUUAUGAAAUGUAUCAGUACCUAUUGUGGUUGCAGGCAGUUAUCUGGUGUGUGAUAUAAAUAUGUUGCUAUGAUUGUUUAGGUGCUUAAUUUAUUGAAUUGAUGAUUAGUUUGGUCACCACAACAUAUGAUUAAAGAUAUUUCCUUCCUCAUUGAAAACCGAGUUCACCCUGGUGUUCUGACCUAAUGAUACAGAAAAUACAGUCCUAGGCACCUGGAUUAUUGGAUAAAGAUUGAUUAUGGAUUUCUUAUGGUAAAUGCAUUCACAGACAACACAGUCAGGGUAUUCAAUUUGAAUCAAAUACACAUACCAAUAUUUCACAAUCAUUAUUUGUUACUGUUCAAUGGGAUUUAAUCUUAACAUAUAAAUCCAUCUAAGAUGCAUGCCGUUCUGAGGCUCCAGUUUUUUGCUUGUAGCAGGCCAUGUUUAUGACCAUGUGACCGCUCCUAAAUCUCAGCAGGAUCAUGUGACACUGACCCCACAUGCACUCUAUCUGGGUAAGUAUGUGGCCAAAAACAGGACCUGCUCCCAGCUGGGAAACAACCAACUUCAGCUGAAUCCCUUAUUUAGUUUUUUUCAAAUGGUUUGAGUUGUUCUUAUGAUAUUUUAUGUGCUGUUUUUAGUUGCCAUUUCCUUUAAUGAGGUAAUCACAAAUAGAUUCUGCAUUUUUUGUCAUCCUAAUUUAAGGGGUCGCAAUGUUAAUGAGUUCAAACUUUUUCAGAUAUUCUUUAAACAUUUACAGUGCAAUUCAACGAACUGGCGAUACUCUUAAUCAUAUAAACGUCAAGUGCCCCAUACUGUUACCAAGAAAGACGCUUCAGAAAGUGGCUUUACAGACUGUAAAACAAACUGGAAAGCCAACAGGUUCUGGGUUCUAAUGAAGCAGUGCACAAAAAAACUAUAAUAUGUAAUACAGUCCCCCAGGAAUCAUAGUGUAGUGUACAGCUGAACAUGAAUGUGGAAUACUGCAGCUUCAAGAGGAGGCAAUGUACCUUCAAGGUCUGAAACGAAAUUCCAACAUACCAUUACAUUAGUACAGGUGAUACAGUUCAGACAAGGAUUCACACACAAUAAAUAGUUCAUACAGUUGACACGAUUGGUCCGUUUACAUGACAGGUAACCAAUGGGGACUGGGCAUAUAAAGAUAAAUAACAAUUAGCCAAAUACGUUGGCAGCAUGUUUUGUGCAGGCUGAUAUUUAAGUAUAUUAUUUGCAUAUCCACAAAUAUUUAAAUUAGACAAAAUAGAGUGGUUUAAAUAGUGUUCAUAGUAUUUUUCGUAGGUAAAGACAGGAUGUUUUUAAUUCAAAAUGCUCCAUCAGAACAUGCAGUAUCAGUAUAGUCCCUAACAAAGGUGUAUAUUGAAUAAAAGGUCUAUCCCGUUUUAAUGAUCAAUAACACUGUAAAGGGAAAUCCAUCAUAAACCAAUUUGAGGAAGGUGAGAUUCCCAACAGUUAGCUCCCUCAAUCCCAUAAGUGAAGCUGUGAUUCGUUAGGGCUCACAGGGGGUUCAUACUGUAGCUGGAUCUCCUGGCAGGCAGUUCAGCAACAGUUCUAAAAACAUGACCUACUUUCCACUGGUUUAUCAAGGGGUUCACAAUCACAAAAAGUGUGAAGAGUGAAUUAUCAAUCAUGUGCUUCAAGAGCACUUCAGGUGGAUGUCAAGAAGGCGGGAUUGGGGAUUGGCCCGGGAGGGACAAUCCACUCCUGCUGCCCCCAGUUGUUUUUGCUUUUUUUUGUUUUUUACUGCUGUGUUUGCAGUGUUAUCAGUCUGAGAAAUCUAAUUCUUGCUAAAUCUGCUAUAGACAGUAAUACGUACCACAUGAGUCUGUGCAUCUUUAAGCAAUUAAAUUCUGGAAAAGGUUCACCUUAUCCAGUUUAGAGCAGAUCUGGCAGUGAUCGCUCAGAGUGCUGGCUUGAUCAUUUUAAUAAUACACCAGUAUUAAGCACAUUUUUCCAACUGCAUAUUAUAACUAGGCAUCAAAGUGAUUACACUACAGAAACUAUGGACAAUUACAAUAUAAUCAGCCAUGGAAAUGUGAGGACAAUUUCCUACGAAAGUAGCAGGACACAAAUGGUUAGCAUACACAGUAAAGCAGACCAAAGCUCCCCAAAUACACCACAAGGGGGAGUGUUGCAGCUAGGAGAGACAGCAUGUCAGAAACAGGAAGCUAUACAGUUAUCAAAUACAGGCUAGCAACAUUUCGUAACAUUUGCUGCAAUUUCAGGCAUUAGUUUUAAAGUGUAGAAAAUGUUUAGUCUGGCUACAUUUAAAGUUUACCAUAUAAAGAUAAACAAGCCAAGAAUGACCUUAAAUCACAUUCAUAAUUCACAAGAUAAAUAAGUCUCAAUGUAUCAAAGCUAAUUCCAGUGUGGAAUUUUGUCUAGUUUCAAAACUAGACAAAACUGCUUGGAAAGCGAAAUCCACCUAAGUUGUUUCCAAGUUAUUUUGUUACAAUACUAGUGUAUUUUGCUUCCACAAAAAUAUGCUACUUUCACCCUGGAGUCAAUGACUUGGAUAAAUAAGGUUGGUAGCUGUGUAUUUGCAAUCAACUUUUGGCAAUCGCAUACAUACUGUAUAUAUAAGCAAAACUUGAAUAACAGCUACUUAGUCUAAUUCUUGCUCAAAACCGCCAACAAACACAUUAAAGCUUUGUUUCCAGUGUUCAACACCAUGCUCAGAUACGCUCUUCUUCAGGAAUCAUUUCCACUACAAUUGGAAUUACAAUCUGUUUCAAAUUGUAAAGCCAUCCAAAAAAGAUGGAUAAUAAACAUGCCUUUAAAACUG